AUCCUGAAUCGGCAGGCAGUUGGGGUCGAUCUUAGACACAGCCUCGAUUUCACGUGGGCGUGGCCUUAACAGCAAUAUUUUGCUAGUUAAAACUUUAAGCCGUUUAUUUGCUUCACUUUAACUAUAUACGUAUGUACUUCGACGAAGAAUUCAAUCGACUGUGUGGGUAGCGUAGUGAAGCGUUUUAUGCUUUCCGUUAACAUUUAUUUGGUGUAAAAGUUGCUUGUUUUUAGCAUACGAGUUGCUAAAGCUAACUUGCUAGCUAGUUGGUUAGCGGUGACCACAGCUUUCAACUAAUCAUUGAUUCAUUUUCUCCGCCAUUAAAAACAUGCAGCCUUUGAGUUAAGGAUUUCGUAAAUUCAUUUUUUCGGUACCUAAAACAAGGAUGUUGCGAGCAGAGGACGCCCCUGCGUAUAGAUGAGAACUGACCCGGUUGGAUGAGUUGGCGAAAAUGUCCUGCAAAUCCACGAAGGUGGCCCCGAGUGUUGAUUUUGACCACAGCUGCUCCGAUAGCGUUGAAUAUCUGACGCUUAACUUCGGCCCGUUUGAGACUGUCCAUCGAUGGAGAAGACUCCCACCGUGUGAUGAAUUUGUUGGUGCAAGGCGCAGCAAACACACAGUUGUGGCAUACAGAGAUGCCAUAUACGUGUUUGGAGGAGAUAAUGGAAAGAACAUGCUGAAUGAUCUGCUCCGGUUUGAUGUGAAGGACUGCUCUUGGUGCCGAGCUUUUACUACAGGAACCCCACCGGCACCCAGAUAUCACCACUCUGCCGUGGUCUAUGGCAGCAGCAUGUUCGUCUUUGGGGGCUACACUGGAGAUAUCUACUCCAAUUCCAACCUGAAAAAUAAAAAUGACCUUUUUGAGUACAAGUUUGCCACAGGACAGUGGACAGAAUGGAAAGUGGAUGGAAGCUUGCCAGUGGCCAGGUCUGCACAUGGAGCCACGGUCUACAGUGAUAAACUGUGGAUAUUUGCUGGGUAUGAUGGUAAUGCCAGACUGAACGACAUGUGGACAAUCAGUCUGCAGGAUCGCGAUCAUGCCUGCUGGGAAGAGAUCGAUCAAAGUGGCGAGAUCCCGCCGUCAUGCUGUAACUUCCCAGUGGCUGUAUGCCGGGACAAGAUGUUUGUGUUUUCGGGUCAGAGUGGAGCUAAGAUCACUAAUAACCUCUUUCAGUUUGAAUUCAAGGGCCACAUGUGGACACGUAUCCCCACCGAACACUUGCUGCGAGGCUCCCCUCCACCUCCUCAGAGACGCUACGGACACACCAUGGUUGCCUUUGAUCGCCACUUGUAUGUCUUUGGAGGUGCUGCUGACAACACUUUACCCAACGAGCUGCACUGCUAUGAUGUAGACUCGCAGACCUGGGAGGUCAUCCAAGCUAGUCAUGACAGUGAGAUGCCCAGUGGAAGGCUCUUUCAUGCUGCUGCUGUCAUUCAGGAUGCCAUGUACAUCUUUGGAGGGACUGUGGACAACAAUGUUCGCAGUGGGGAGAUGUACAGAUUCCAGUUCUCAAGUUACCCAAAGUGCACUCUUCACGAGGAUUAUGGCAAACUGUGGGAGAACCGUCAGUUUUGUGAUGUUGAGUUUAUUCUGGGCGAGAGGGAAGAGAGAGUCUUGGGGCAUAUUGCCAUAGUGACUGCAAGGUGUCAGUGGCUGCGGAAGAAAAUCCUACAGGCUCAGGACAGACGAAGACGGAGGACAAAACAGGAGAGCAGUGAAGAAAGUGAUGAGGGAGCAGCUGGAGGCCCGAGGGAUAUCCCAGCAGGCAAUAGGCCAUCGGGCACACAGCCCCUGCUGGAGGUCUUCAUCAGAGAAGCAGAGGCCCAACCUUUUGAAGUCUUAAUGCAGUUUCUCUACACAGACAAAAUCCAGUACCCCCGUAGAGGUCAUGUCCAGGAUGUUCUUUUGAUCAUGGAUGUAUACAAACUGGCUCUCAGCUUCAAACUGUCCCGGCUGGAGCAGCUGUGUGUGCAGUACAUCGAGGCGUCUGUGGAUCUCCAGAAUGUUCUGAUUGUUUGUGAAAAUGCCAACAAGUUGCAACUCGAUCAACUCAAGGAACACUGUCUGAAUUUUGUGGUGAAGGAAUCCCAUUUUAAUCAAGUGAUCAUGACAAAAGAGUUUGAGCAACUUUCCACCCCUCUGAUCGUGGAGAUCGUGCGACGAAAGCAGCAGCCUCCCCCCAGAAUGUACUCGGAUCAGCCUGUGGACAUCGGGACUUCCCUGGUGCAGGACAUGAAGGCUUACCUGGAGGGAGGGGGCCUGGAGUUCUGCGACAUAAUUUUGCUAUUAGACGGGCAUCCCCGGCCUGCACACAAAGCCAUACUGGCAGCUCGAUCCAGCUACUUUGAGGCCAUGUUCCGCUCCUUCAUGCCAGAAGACGGUCAAGUAAACAUUUCCAUUGGGGAGAUGGUUCCAAGCAAACAAGCAUUUGAGUCCAUGCUGCGCUAUAUCUACUAUGGCGAUGUCAACAUGCCUCCAGAGGACUCCUUAUAUCUAUUUGCUGCACCGUAUUACUAUGGGUUUUCUAAUAACAGGCUGCAAGCUUACUGUAAGCAAAACCUGGAGAUGAAUGUCACUGUGGAGAACGUCUUGCAGAUUCUGGAGGCAGCAGACAAGACCCAGGCUCUGGAUAUGAAGAAGCACUGCCUCCACAUCAUUGUCCACCAGUUUAUCAAGGUAUCCAAGCUUCCCAACCUGCGGUCCCUCAGCCAGCUGCUCUUGUUGGACAUCAUUGAGUCUCUUGCUGCACACAUAUCAGACAAACAAUGUGCUGAAAUGGGGUCUGAUAUUUAGGAGGACUUGGAAUGCGAGACGUUCAAACCACCAACCUCUAGUGCACAGCAUUUUCCCCAUCAUCAUUUACCCUGCCUUGCAUGUCAUCUUCCCUACAGAUGCCUUGUAGCCGCGCUUUGUCAGACCGGAUUUCAAUGAAGGAAUCACAUUCUAAGUAAUAUGCAGGUUUUAUGUUUGUCUUUAGGCACACUUUUAUUUCUUCAGUAUUUUUCUUCUAUUUGAUAUAUACCAAACAUAUGUGCAAUAUAUUGUAAAUUUAUAAAUGGAAAUUUAUAAAUGUUCAAUGAUAUCUACUCAAAUCUGAAAUAUGUGUUGUACAACAAUAAAUAUUUAACUUCUCCAA